GACGAAGCUGUCAACAAAAAUUAGCAGUCUUCCUUAACCGAAAUGAUUUGGGAAUUGGGCCGCAGUUUUCGGAAUUUCUGACCAUGACCACGAAUCCCCCUUCGAUAAAGGCCCCUUAAAGAGCAGAUCCUCUGCGUUCGCAGAUGACUGACUGUCUACGGCAAAUGCUGAGCAGCGCAGACUUGAGUGAUGUGCAGUUCACCGUGGGUCGCCAGUUCGGCCUCCUCAACAACUUCCCCGCGCACAAGCUUCUCUUGGCGGCUCGCAGCUCCGUCUUCCGAGCCAUGUUCUUCGGGGGCUUGCCAGAGAAAUGCCACACAGCACUCGACAUCCCCGAUAUCCAUCCCGAAGCCUUUGCCAAUCUGCUCAGUUUCAUCUACACGGAUUCAGUUAGAAAUCUUAACGCGGACAAUGUCUUCGCGACGUUGAGCUGCGCUGAUAAGUACGAUGUGCCGCAGCUGGUGCAGAUCUGUUCCGACAUGGUCACCAACCAGCUGAAUUUGGAGAACUGCUUGGCCGUUUUGGAAGAGGCAAUUCCUUGGCAUGCCGAGGAGAUAGUGCACAAGUGUCUGGAUUUCGUGGAUGCCAAGAGUUUCCGGAUCCUGCAGUCGGAGCAGUUCACGACCAUCAGUCAUCAUGUGCUGCAAAUGAUUCUGCAGCGCAGCACGCUGACGGUGGAGGAGAAUUUUGUGUACAUGGCUGCUGAAAGAUGGGCAACAGCGGCCUGUGCUCGCAACAACAUGGAACCAUCCGGCGCCAAUCAGCGGCACAUGCUGGGCGAUGCUGUCUUCUUGAUACGAUUCCCAUUGCUGACCCCUUCGCAGCUGGCUGAUGGCCCCGGCAAGAGUGAUCUACUGAAUGAAGCGGAAAUCUCUAGCAUCGUCAUGUACCAGCAUGCCACCGUCAAACCGCCGCUUCCGUUCCCCGUGGAACGCCGUACGGGACCCCCGCCACUGGAUCCGCUAACGCUGCGCUAUGGAGAGGACGUCUUUGUGAAAACCGGGAACUGGGACCGCUGGGAGCCCGCCCGGGUGACCGGAUUUACUCCGCUGCAGGUCUUUGUCGUCUGCUGCAGCGGUUCUCACUGCUUUCCUGUCGCACCGGAGCAAGUGGUGCGGGGUGCGGAUAUCCUACACCAAGGCCAAGCUCUGCAAGUGCGCAUUCGCAGCGGUCGUCGCUACCGCUCCAUCAGUGCGACAUACGACAGCCUGGUGGGCUGUCGUCAUCAGGUCAGCGCCGACGGACAGAACACCGUGGCGUGGUUCCACGAUUUGCAGCUGCUGGACAGUCAGGUCGCCUCAUGGAAGGCCAUCAAUGGAAAAAUGUAGAAAAUGUUGCUGUGCAGUCUGUGCAGUUACUUUCUACGCAUUUGUGCAUAUUUGGCAGUAGUCAUCUUAAUGUCAUUGCUGCAAGUUUACCAAAAUUGUCGUGGCUUCGGUUUUUGUAAUCGUGAACGGUGAAUACUGCGAGAAACCGUGAUGUGUUAGCAAUAAA